GCCACACGUUAGUCAGAGAUGAAUGGUCAGCAGUACACUUUUGUUGUCCUUACGUUUUUUUGGAACGCUGGACUAUUUUGAUUCUUUAAUAGAUUCUCUUUUUAUUUUUCCUUUCAUAAAAGUCGCCACCUUUACUAUUUCCCUCUUCCAUCAAGUUUUUAUUUAUUUAUACCCCAUUCAUUCUUGUGGAAAUCUCAAUUUGCUUCAUUAAAAUUUUUCUAUACAAUUCAUUCUCUGAAUUUUUGAUACCCUUUGCUAUAUGAUGGCUCCUACUCUGGAAAAUUCCACAGAAAGUCCUCCAUCUCUCGCAAUGCUUGCUCCCAUUCAAGCAGUUCUAUUUGACGUAGACGGAACUUUGUGUGAUUCAGAUCCUCUUCACUACUAUGCCUUCCGUGAAAUGCUUCUAGAGAUAGGAUACAAUGGCGGUGUGCCAGUUGAUGAAGAGUGGUUUAUCAAGACCAUCGCUGGGAAACACAACGAUGAUAUUGCUUCUGCCCUUUUCCCUGAUGAUCAGGAACGGGGUCUUAAAUUCUGCGAUGAGAAGGAAGCUAUGUUUAGAAGGUUGGUGAAAGAUCAGUUGAAACCUAUAGAUGGUUUGUACAAGGUGAAGAAAUGGAUUGAAGAUCGUGGGCUGAAACGGGCUGCAGUUACCAAUGCGCCUAGACUAAACGCUGAACUGAUGAUAGAAAUACUUGGCCUAAAGGAUUUCUUUGAUGUGAUUAUUAUCGGAAGUGAAUGUGAGCGCGCAAAACCAUAUCCCGACCCUUACUUGAAGGCCCUUGAACUGCUUAAGGUGUCAAAGGACCACACAUUCAUAUUUGAGGAUUCUUUUUCGGGAAUAACUGCUGGGGUGGCAGCUGAGAUGCCUGUUGUUGGCUUGGCAACCCGAAAUCCACCUCACGUACUUAUGGAAGCAAAACCUGCUUUUCUUAUUAAAGAUUAUGAAGAUUCGAAGUUAUGGACAGCUCUAGAGGAAAUCGACAAAAAGUCAGGUGCCACAACAACCAGAGUCUGAGACUUAACACAUACUAGAUAGAUGAAAGAUCUGCUAUUAUUGUUGAAGUGGAAUACUACGGAGUUAAUUGAACUUCCUUCAUUGAAACCUUGGAUUUUCGUUUCAUAAACAUACAGAGGGAAACGGUAUUAUCAUUAUUUUUCUUCCGUAAAAUCGGCUGUGCUAGGUCUAACAGUUGAUAUUGACUAAAGGAGUAUAUGGAAACCGUGUAUGGUGACUGUUCAUUGAUCAUAGCUUGAUCAUUGACAUACAGUUCAGUUUAAUACUACAUAAUACAGAUCUUGAUAAUAGAAGUGUUUUACCUUA